CUGUUGGAAAAUCAAAUGAAUCUUCAGAGGUUGCCAUUAACAACCCAACAACAGCCAUGUCACUCAGAGACAGGUGUUGGUGUUUUGGAUUUUGAUGCAGUUUCAACGGCAGUAAGUGAAAACAACGUAAAGACUAAAAGAGAACGAUAUUACAAGUACACAGACGAAGAGAGAUUCAAUAUAGGAAAACAUACAGCAGAAUUCGGUGCAAAGAGCGCAUUAAGAAAGUUCAAGGGACGAUUCCCAAAUUUAAACGAGAGUAUUACACGUUCAAUGAGGGAGAAGUAUGAGAAAGAGAAAAGAUUGGCAAAUCUUCAAGGACGUGAUCCAGAGAUGAAGUUAAAAUCCGAGCAGCGUGGACGACCUCUUCUACUUGGACCAAUCGAUAUGUUGGUGCAGAAUUAUUUACGAGCUGUUCGAGCACGUCGUGGUGUGGUUUCGUUUACCAUUGCAGAAUCAGUUGCGAUCGCUUUGAUCAGAAAGCACCCGGAAUAUAACUUGGAUCACAUCAAAGUAACUGGCUCAUCUUUUGCACAAAGCAUCCUACGUAGAAUGAAGUUCGUGAGGCGGUUUGGAACCACUGGGAAAGUACAAAUCUCAGAAGAUCUUCGUCAGGAGCUCUCAAAGAGUUUUUUGUAUGGUAUCGUAAGCAAAAUCGAAAAGCAUAAAAUACCACACUCAAUGGUGCUGAACCUAGAUCAAACUCCUUCAAAGUAUGUUCCAACCUCGAAUAAGACCAUGGCUAAACAGGGAUCGAAAACCGUACCAAUUAAAGGGUCAACAGAUAAACGAUCUAUAACGGCAACAUUUACAAUCACACUGGAAGGACAUUUCCUUCCUAUUCAGCUGAUUUACGCUGGCAAAACAAAGAAAAGCCUGCCUAGAGUUGAUUUCCCAAAAAGCUUUAGUUUGAGUGCGAACCCCAAGCAUUACAGCAAUGAAACAGAAUCAAUUAAGAUCUUGGAGGAUAUCAUAAUACCUUACGUCAAAAAAGAAAGGAAGAAAUUAGGUUUAAAGGAAGAUCAUUUCGCCCUUCUUAUCAUGGAUGUAUUCAAAGGCCAAAUGACACCCAAAGUGUUGAAUGUUUUAAAAAACAAUCACAUCUUACUUCAAAGUGUGCCUGCGAAUUUCACUUACCUCUUUCAACCCCUUGACGUCCAAGGUGGUCCUAACAGGUACGUCAAAAGAAUGAUGAAACAAAAAUUUUCAGAAUGGUACACUGCCAAGAUAAUGCAAGCUUUAGAUGCGGGUAAGCCUCUUGCCGAAAUAGAGGUGGAUUUGAAGUUGUCGAUCGUAAAGCCCCUACAUGCUAAAUGGAUUAUAGAGGUCUACAAUCAAAUGACCUCGGAAGAAGGAAAAAAGGUCUGUUUGAAAGGGUGGCAGGUGUCAGGUAUUAAAGAUGCAGUCGACCAAGGGUUAUCUGAAUUACCAUACCUAGAUCCAUUCGCAGAUAUAGAUCCCAUGCUCGAGACUGGAAUUGACGAAAGUGAAGCUCAAAUCCAGUCAAAUUCUCUCUUGGAAGGCUCAAAGUACAUAAGUGAAUCAGGAAGAGAUGAAGAGGAGGAAAGCGAUUGUGAGUAUGUUGAUGGAGAUGAAGUUGAUGAUGACGAAGGAGACGAUCCUUUCGAUGACGAGUCGGAGUCGGAUGAUGAUGAUGAAAAUGAGGAAUGAAGAUCAUAAGAUUUUUUUUCAUUUACUGUAUUUAGGUAGACUUUCUAGAAAACAUGUUACAAUCAAAAAAUAUUACGAGUUCAACUCUUCAUUUCAAUUAUAGACUCUAGUAACC